AGCGGCGGCCCACGGCAUCCCGCAGCGGGGCGGGUGCCGCGCGCCUCCCCGCUGGCCGCUGCAGCGCACCGCCCACAGGCCGCUGCGAUACCCAUUGAAUUCACCGUUCACUUUUUAAACAGUCAGGUGCGGGCAUGGCCUGCCCUUGUUGGAGUUUCUUUGGUGGUGUAUGGCAGGCUUCUUCAAGUAAGCCCUUCCCUUUCCCUUCCCCUUCGUUAAUCGCUCAUGGAAUCCAAUAAUCCCUCCUCCCAGCAGCAGCGCGGGAAUGUCACGCCACUAAAACCUUGGCAACGAGUUGGGAGCUCGUCUAGGCCUGCACCUUCCAAACCUCUUUCACCUAGAAGCACAAGUAAUGUUGUUGAGGCAUCUGGGACUGCAAAACCUGGAGAAGCAGCUUCUGGUGCUGAGGGGAAUGCGUCGGCAAAUUGGAAAGCUCUUGGCAGGUCUGUACCUUCAGGACCCUGGGAACAAAACAAUGGGAACAGUUAUGGAGGAUAUGUUUCGACUAUGAACUACAAUUCAGGCUAUGGCUCUGGCAUGAAUAAUUCAUAUGGAGGAUCUGAAGGAUCUUAUGGUGGUGGUUUAUAUGGUAAUAGCAUGUAUAGAGGGUAUGGUGGGCUGUAUGGAGGCUCUGGAGUGUAUUUAGAGAGCAUGCAUAAUGGCAGGUUUGGUGGCCCAAUGAAUGGGUAUGGGAUGCCCAUGGGUAGUCCUUAUGGUAAUUCAGAUCCAAAUAACCUCUAUGGUCCUCCCCCAUCACCGCCAGGCUUUUGGAUGUCCUUCAUUCAAGUAAUGCGUGUUGUUGUGAACAUUUUUGGUCGAAUCUCGAUUCUUAUCGAUGAAAACAUGAAGGCCUUUCACAUGUCUAUGUCAGCACUUCUUCAGCUCUUUGAUCGAUCUGGUUUGUUAUAUGGCGAGCUCGCAAAAUUUGUGCUAAGGUUGCUUGGAAUGAGAACAAAACCUGGAAGACACUAUCAGUUAGGACCUGGGGAGCUCAUUGGCCCUAAUGCAAAAUGGCAGCAUCACAUUGAAGGCCCAAAUUCUACUAAUGGUUCUUGGGACAGUGUCUGGGGAGAUAAUCUUAGUAAAGAAACCACUUGAGAAAGAUGCAGGUUAAUGUGAAAUAACAAAGGAAGUAGUCUAGGUAAAACAGGAUGUCUAAGAAUAUCAUAUGCAUAAUUGGGCAUAUCUAAAAACUACCUUUUUUGCUGGAAUGAGAGGAAAGCUGCAGACUUCCUGUAUUAUGUUGCAUAUUCUCAGUUUCUAUGGUGGAUUGGAUUACAGAUUGGUACUUCAGUGAGUGGCUCCAUGUGAUACUGUAGUUUGUAUUAUAAUAAAGAGCAAGUCUUGUAAUCUUUCAACUCUUUCUCAAUAUAUUCAUCAUUUGAAAAUAUGAUUGCCUGAUCCUCUAUAAUAUU